CGAAAUCAGUGUCGGUAAAGUAGGGAAGUUUCUUUCCUAACUAGUCCAAGUUAAGAAGGUCAUCAUGGUACAGCGUCUGGUUUUUCGGAGGCGUUUAUCUUAUAACACAAACUCCAACAAACGAAAAAUUGUCCGCACACCAGGUGGACGCUUAGUGUAUCAAUACCUGAAAAAACCCAAGAAAGUACCAAGAUGUGGCCAAUGCAAAGAUAAACUCAGAGGAAUUAUUCCUGCACGAUCGCAUGAAAGGUCGCGAAUGAGUAGGCGUAAGAAGACAGUCAAACGUGCAUACGGUGGAGUCUUGUGUCAUAAAUGUGUUAAAGAAAAGAUUGUUAGAGCUUUUCUUAUUGAAGAACAAAAGAUUGUAGUUAAGGUUCUUAAAGCCCAACAAGCCACUACAAAGGCUAAGAAGUAGAUGACUUAAUAAAUUUGUUAUUUAUAUUUU